AUGUCGGGAAACAGUCGAGUCUUCGAGGCUCAUAGCGAGCGAACCGAGCGGGUUGCAGCUCAAGUCAGAUCCUUCUACGACAGAAAAGAGCCAUUCCGGAUAUUCCAUGGCAGUACGAGCAGCACCAGAAGCCAAGAGCAGGACCGCAAGAAGAUGAUCUCGACCAGCGACUUUACCGAGAUCUUGAGGAUCGACCCCGAAAAGCGAGUUGCAGUUGUCGAGCCCAACGUUUCUAUGGAGAAGUUGGUCGAUGCCACGUUACAGUAUGGACUUGUUACUCCUGUGAUCAUGGAGUUCAAGAACAUUACCGUUGGUGGCGGGUUCAGCGGUACUUCUGGUGAAAGCUCCUCGUUCAGACACGGUGUUUUCGACAACAUCGUGAACAGCAUCGAGAUUGUGCUGGGAAAUGGAGAGAUUGUACGCGCUUCUCACUCCGAAAACUCGGAUCUGUUUCAUGGUGCAGCGGGCUCUUUCGGAACACUAGGUGUUGUGACUGAGAUUGAAGUUCAGCUGGUGGAAGCUGGUAACUUCAUGGAGCUGGAGUACCACGGAAUCACAAGUUCUCCAGAAGCAGUAGAGUCCAUCGAGUCUUAUACUGCUGACGAUAACGUUCAAUAUCUGGAUGGUAUCAUGUUCUCCAAGAACAGUGGCUUGAUCAUCGCAGGCCGCAUGGUCGACACCNCCACUCCUGGCUGCAAGGUCACGAAGUAUCUUUCAAGAUCGGAUCCCUGGUUCUAUGUCCGCGCACAAGAGAUACUCAACCAUAAGAUUCCAUCCUCCAAAGCCCGCCGAUCAUUCACCGAGGUUGUACCCAUCAAAGAUUACCUCUUCCGCUUCGACAGAGGUGCCUUCUGGGGCGGUUACUACGCCUUCAAAUACCACUUUGCCCCUUUCAACACACUAACCCGUUAUCUCCUCGACGACCUCAUCCACACAAAAACAAUGUACACCGCUCUCCACAAGUCGGGUCUCGCGAACGAGUUUAUUGUUCAAGAUAUCGGGUUCCCAUACUCUACAACACCAGACUUUAUCGACUACCUGGAUGAUAACUUCAAGUUGUAUCCACUCUGGCUGUGUCCACUGAAACUCAAUGCUCCUUACCCACUCACACCAAAAGGAAAGCACUACUCGCAAAAUAGCCUCAGAGUCAUCAACAUAGGCGUCUGGGGCCCAGGCCCACGCAACCGCGACGACUUUAUCGCCGCGAACCGCGCCAUCGAGGCAAAAACAAGACAACUCGAUGGACUAAAAUGUCUGUACGCGCAUGCCUACUACACAGCCCCCGAAUUCUGGGAUCUGUACGAUAAAGAGCACUACGAUUCACUGCGGGAGAAAUACCACGCUACCAUGCUGCCAUCUGUAUUCGACAAGGUUACCAAUAAUGGACCUCCUGCUGCAAAUACCAUCUUCGAGAGGUUGAAGAACACGAGGCCGGUGAGGGGGAUUUAUGGCGCGUUGUGCGUGUUUUGGAGUGGUGCGCUUCCUUAUGCUAGAGUGCAUCAAGUACUGAGCAUUGUGCUGUCUCCUCUGCUGUUACUCAUGUUUACCACAGCCUGGAUUGUGUCUUUCGGCAAAGACUUGCUGGGUUUGAGAACCGACGCUGGGUUCAAGAAAAUGCAUGUAGAGUAG